AUGGCGAUCAGCCCCACCCAGAGCACUACGGCUCCAAGGACACCAUCUUCAAACCCCAUAAUGACCAGGCCUACUGUGCUGGGCCUGCUGGGUUCUCUGACCAGCCACAGCCUGCCCACCUGCCUGGUCUGCAUGUGCCUUGGUUCUUCUGUGUACUUCGACAGUGCCAACCUAGAGUACAUCCCUCCUCUUCCCCACACCUACCUCUGUGCCCACUUCAACCACAUCAGCCAUCUCAGGGCUGGAGACUUCAGAGAGCUGACAAAACUGAAGAGGAUUGACCUCUCUAGCAACUUCAUCUUCUCCAUCAAUGAUGAUGUCCCACUUGUGUUUGCCCUACAGGACCUGAUCCUCCUUGAGAACCAGCUGGUGGCUCUGCCCACACUGCCCAGUGGCACUGAGUUCCUGGAUACCCACCUGAAUCAGUUCUGGAGCUCAGGGAUACAGACUGAAGCCUUCUGGGAGUCAGGGCCUCCAGCUCUAUGUGCCUCAGUUGCUCCAGUUACACAAGGGGAUGCAGAGCUGGUGAGGAGAGCUGAUGGCAGCUCAUGGCUUCAGUGCUGCCUGAGUGCAGACCCUCUAGGUGGGGGCUGGGCAGUGUCUCCUGUCCAGAAUAACAAGAUGGAGGCCACGCAGAGAGACACCUGUGAUGUUGGGGAACACGGGCACAUCCAGAAGGCGCUGGAAGAGGACAGCAAUCCCAUCAACCUCAACUUCUUUUCCAGCGCCUACUUCUGCCUGCCUCAGCUUCCCACAGGCCACUUCACCUAG